AUGACGAAGGUACCUGGUGAGCAGCUGGGGAAGCGCGCAGGCCACAUUAGUAACUUCUCGCCCCGCCAGUUCCAAGUUCUCCAGGACACGCUUCGCGACUGGUUCGACCAGCUCAGAGAUCUCGAACCUCCGGACCUGCACGCGGUGUGUAGCUUCGACAGUAAUGGCGUCAGAAGCUUCCGCAUCAGCAAUGAUGGCUACGCGGGGCCCUUCGCCUCAGAGAAGGAAUUUAACAAGAGGCUGCUGCAGUAUAGCGAGGCGACGCAUACGGAGCUAGCUGCUGCAAGUCACUCGAAGUCACAUCGCAUAUACUUCACACAAGGCGAUAUCAACCCUACGAACAUACUGAUCGAUGAAGACAUGCCACCCGUCGCUCUUGUCGAUCGGGAGUAUGCAGGUUACAUGCAGGAAUACUGGGAAUACACCGCCUCUCUGUACUUCGUGCACUCCAAUUACACGGAGUGGUGCGACGUGUUCACUGGCGUCUUUCCGGACUACCGCGUUGAGCUUGAAGUGGAAUAUGAGAUAGCUAAGGUCGCCAACCUGUGGUGA